AUGCCUCCAUUGCCUAAUCCACCGUUUGUGUUUCCGGCUCAAGGUCCGGAUAAUUCAGUCUCUUCAGAACCGCAGCGCCUAACACCGCCGGCUUUGCCGGCCUUCUCUUUCAAUCCCGGAUCAGAGCCGUCUUUACCACCCGUACAUGCACCAACCCGACCGAAUGGACACCGGCGACGACCGAGCGAAUUUGUCGGAGACAAUCAGUUGGUGACACCUGGGGACGACAAACGGGAAGAGCCCUCCACGCCAACACAGCCGAGCGCUCCAGCACACGGUCCGCCGAGAGGCCCCGGACGACGGAACCAUGCUCAUCGCCGCUCGCAAGCAGUGUCCGGGGUCGAUCUCAUGGCCAUUCAAAAGGCACUGGCAACACCAGCGGGAAGCGCGCCAAAUACCCCUGGCGAUCUGUUGAACAAGAGCCAUGAGGAUAUCUCCAGGCCGCUUUCCUACUCAGCUGGAAGCCUUGGACGUCCGACACCUCCCGCAUCACCUCAUUUCCCGCCUUCUGAUAUCCCACCAGUGCCACCAAUCCCUACCACCAUGAGGAGCGAAUCAGCCCCCUGUCACGACGCCGACGAUGGACGCCCGGUAUCUGCAGUCUUCCACGAAACCCUGGAGAGUCCUGCGACAAUUAAACAUACAUCACCAGAGAUCCCGACACCCCCAUCAGAAAAGGCGCCAACACCGAAUCGCAAAUUGAAGCCACGGCCGAAAACCGCAGAUGCAUCUUUGGUUUUAGAUUUCAUGCAGACUCAAAAUGUGCCGGGUGCGCCUAGUGUCAAACGAUCCAAGUCGACCGGGCAUCGUAAAAGCAAGAGCCGGUCCGCGAAUCUUAAUGUAAUUCUUGCGAAUCAAGCCAGUGAUGAUGCUCAUUCGACAGACGCAUCUCGACCUUCAUACUCUGACGAUGGAUCCGAUACCUCGAGUGACAACGAGCACGAUGAUGAUUCUUCGCCUAAGAAAUCGAAAUCAAAGAAAAAGCAGAAGAAAGUUCGCUCAUGGGCUGGUGCUAUUUUGGGCAAAGGGAAGCGGCAUGCGAAGCAUGAGACAGAACUUGAGCCUUCUGAGAAGGAAAAGGCCAAGGGCAAACAAAAGAGACCGUCUCCCUUGACACCUCCUACGCUUACACGUACUAACUCGGAGGCCGGUUCCGUUUUGGAAGUCGAUUUUGAUAAUGACGAUGUUUUGGUCAUUCGAACUCCUACCAACCCUGAAGGUCCUGUUCCACAGGCCGAGCGUUCUCCGGAUGAGUGCCCCGUGCCUUCCACCUUAGAGACGUCAUGGAAGCCGAGAAGCUUCUACGAACAAACAUCCCAGGAUGAGAUCCUCAGCAGCCCAAUCAUUGAUCUUGAUGCGGCACUAGGCCCUUUCAAUACUCCUGAGAUGGGACCGACCCGGGGAAACCUGAGCCAAUUUUCAUUGGCAACACAGCGCAUGUACAGCGGCGGCCGGCGGGGCGAGUUCGUUGGGCCUGAGAUGCGAUAUCAUCGUCGCACAGAAAGUGCUCCGGUGAUGCAGCCCUUCGAUCGCAGUGCGCUCGGUCCAAUCCGUCUGGGCGGAAAGGGCGCGGAAACCCCAGAUGUUUUCUACGAAGAGGAAGAGGACGCAUUCUUAGCGGAGAACCAAUCGCCUAGGAACGGACGAGACCGUUCUGCUUGGGCUCCUCUUACCGCAUCUGAAUCUUCAAAGGAUAAGAAGCCUGCGGAGUCUGUGAAGAGUGACAGCAGCGCCGGUACUUUGACUCGGGCACCUGUAUCUAGUCCUCAGCCCGAGCCUCAGCCCGAGGGUCUCGGUAUACAAUCUACUGACGGGGCUAUCAGUCCGGAGGCCCUUCCUAUUCAGCAAGAUGCGCCCGAAUCACUUCAGGAUGCUGGCAAUUCAUUUACCGGACAGGCGAAGAAUUCUGUUGAGAUUAUCAAGUCAGAAGAGACGGCUGCAAAAGAACCGCCACCUCCAAGCCCUGACGUGUCUCCUGGCUUCCUCGCGGUUGACAAGCGACCUUCCACGUCUCCUAACCACCUACCCCUCAACAUUCCGCCCUUUUCGCUGUCUGCAGGAGUUUCGCCUUCCGAAUCAUAUUUCCCGUCUCCUGAUGCGCUACGCUUUCCUGACCGCAACUUUUCGAGCCAUUCUUACCACCACCUCCCUUCAGAUUAUCCGUAUCCCUAUGGCUCGGUUGAGGAUGUUCCAUCCUUGACGAGUAGCGCAUCCACCACGACCAACACAAGGAGCCGGUUCUCUGCUACAUUCUUCCCUCGUGCUCGUCUGUCGACUGAUCGCGCUGCAUCUUUCUCGGCGGCUGUUCACCGGCGUAGCAGCCAAGCCAAUUCAGUGAAGCGAUCUAGCAUGGCCAGCUUGUCUAAGCUGGUCGGUGGCCCGCAUUCGGAACGAAGUAAACUCUACCACCAAGAAAAGCCCCCGGGCGAUGCAGCGGAUAAAGCAAGGAAGAAGAACCACCGGAUCACUCGACUGAUGCAUUUCUGGAAAGUGAAAGACAAAGAAAAGUCCGCCCCCGAACCGUCUAUUCCAGAGAGGCCGGUAUAA